AUGCUUCGCAUGGAGGGACUUGAAGCAACAUUUGGAACAGCUUUGAGGCCCGGCUUCGAGUCAGCCGGGGCGGCCUCAGACUCCGACUUGGGCGAGGUCCAGAGGAAGCUUGAGGAUUCCGUGUCCGAGGUACAAACACAGACCUAUGAGCAAGCCAGAGGAGAAGCUCUCGAGAAGUUGGCGAACUUGGACGCGCGCAUCGCAGAGCUGCUGCCGGAGGUGGAACAGCUCCGGAAGGAGCCCCAAUCCGGUGGUAUUUGGUUGGGGCAACUCACGGGUACCAGCAGCCAGCACUCACGGUACGGCAUGGACAGAACUGUUGUGAAUGUCAAAGGAACUGGUUCCACCACGCAUCGAAGUGGGCAUACCACUCAGCGCAGUGGCUAUCCCACUCAGCGCAGUGGCUAUCCCACCCAGCGCAGUGGCUAUACCACUCAGAGAAGUGGCUAUACCACUCAGCGCAGUGGGUACUAUACUCAGCGUAGUGGAUAUUCUGCCAGACAUGGCUCCCACUCCGGCCACUCUUCCAGCCGAAGCUACUCUUGCAUCAUGCAGUCCAGACGUUCUCCACGACUGGGCACGUCAAGUUCUCAGGUGUCCCUUGCAAUCUCAACAGUGCCGCCCGCGCCCAGCAAUUCUGGCCGGGAUGUGAUUUUGUGCAUUGGAGAUAGCUUGACAGCAGGCAAGAAGGGUUGCCGCUCAUAUCCCUCUUUGUUGCAGAGACUUCUGGACGAAGAAGGUGUGCAGGUGAAAGUUCAUAGCUCCGGUGUUUGGGGGGAAACAUCGCAGGAUGUUUUGAAACGCCUACCUUCAGCUCUACAGUCUGCUUUGGCAGAGGGGGGCCGGCUGGCUUUCGUGUUGGUACUGGCGGGCACCAAUGACCUUUUGCAUUCGCAUCCACACCAAUUGGACUUUCGAAUUCCGCAGAUUGUCAACAACAUCCGGGCCAUUUGUGAGACAGCGGCCAAUGCUGCCUUCUUUCCACAUGUGGGUGUCUUGACAUUGCCGCCUUUGGCAAGUCGGAAUACGGCUCGCCUGAAGCUGAACCAGCAGCUUCGUUAUUUCAUGGCCGGAUAUGCUACACAACGUGGCUUCAGCAAGCGCUUUCUGGUGGAUUUGGAAUCUUUGAAUCCAGAUCUUGCUCAUGACGGGGUGCACUUCCAUGAUGAAGGAUACAUGGAAUUUGCCCGAAGGACGCGAAACGCCAUCCUUCCAAUCCUGCAAGCAGAAGCAGCGUCAAAGUCACGGCUGGCUACCAAAAGUUGGACGGGCUCGUACAGAACGAGCUGA